AUGGAUCUUAAUCAUCAAGCUUUGAAAUACCAGACACUCGAGUUGCGAGAAGAACUUGACGGCAGUGAGAUAGAGGAUCUUCAAGACUAUCAAGCUGAUCAUCAACUCAUCAAAGACCAUAGUCGUGAAAUAAGUCUUAACCUACGCUUCACUUCAAAAGGCCACCAAAGCGCCGAUUCAUUAGCAUCAGAAGGACCAGAACUAGACAAAGACACAGUGGAAAUAAUCAAUAAAAAUAAAGAGCAACUUGAAGUUAUUCAAGAUAUCAUCAAAUCCGCUACUCCUGAAUCGAUUCUCAGUUUACAUUGGGAUGUAGGACGAGAUCACACCGGUCGAUGGAUUCCUUUUGAUCUCUUUGAUCCAGAGACUCCCGGUUACGCGAUUCAUGCGAGGAAUUUACUUCAAACUGUUUCUACCUUUACCAAUUUAAACACCCUUGAAUAUGUUUCACAUGAUACUUCUUCGAGAUUUGAAGAUGAAAUUUCAAAGACGGUUCAACUGUUACCUCAUCUCGAAAUUCUUGUGAUUGCUCGUGUAUGGAUAGAUGUACAAGGAUGGGAUCACGAUGACACUUUUGAGCAGGACGACGAAAUGGAGAUGAGCAAAUUGAUUGGACAGAGACUUAGUUCGUUGACAACCCUCAAACGAUUGCAUCUACAAGGCCUCGUAGCACCCCGGGCAUCCUGGGGUGAAUUGGAUUGGAAAUCACCUUUGGAAUAUUUGAAGGUGGCCGAGUGCAGCUGGCUUUUCGGACUUGCCGUCUUUCCAUUCGCCCGUGCUUUUCAAAAAACUCUCUUGGGUCUAACCAUUGGUUGUACUACACCUCGUAACAUGAAUGAAGUCAUUGCGCCCGAGUUUGAUUUUGCUAAAGAAUUCGAAGCUUUAGAGGAGCUCCAGGUGUUGAAAGAUCUCGAAGUAACAUCCCCUCAAGAUGCUCCAUUUUCACCUCAAACAUUCCUUGAUGAAAUCGCUCAAGCUCCAAAAUUGAAACACUUGGAAAUUUAUUUCGAUUACUAUGAUCACGUUCUUCCUCACAUCAACAAAUUGAUUGAAAAAUCUGAGCCAGUCUGGCCAAGUCUUCAAACACUCGUCGCUUAUAACAAUGUGGAAGAUGAGGAGAGAGAAUUUCCUCAGAUGGAGGAAAAGACGAUUUGGGAAGCGGAGAAAGAAGACCCAUUCAAGUUUGGAGUACUAAAUGCCGAGUGGAGACAGCAUGAAGAGCUAUCGGCGCAGGACGCAUGCAGAUAUGGCAGGCUUUCAUCAUCUGAUGGUAGAUCCAUUGAAGUUAAAGUCAAGUACGAAGAGAACAAUUGGAACAGGUCAGUUUCCUUGAAGCUCGGUGAUCCUUCAUCUUUACAAGAUCAAGACAGUGAAGACAGUCGAGACAGGGUGGAUAGUGGAUACGGUGAAGAGAUGGAAGACAUCGAGGACAAUGAUGAUUAA